UCCCUGUUUUUUAUAUUAUUUUCUCCCUCUACAAAGCCUCAGGUCUCUGGUUCAAAAUUUCACUCUUUUCAAUUCUUUCACAUUUCUCUGUCUCUAGACGUUUCUCUCUCUAAAGCUCAGUUUUUUCAUUCUUCACCAUUGAAUGUGCUCACGCUCCUCAAACCUCUGAAGUCUCUUUCUUCUCUCAUUCUAUAUCAGGACUGCUCUCUCUCUCCCAAGGCCUCUCUCUUUCUCUCUCUACUUGGUCACACAGUAAUGGAGGCCCCAACGCUCCAACAAACCGAACCAGCGGCCCUAAGCCCCUUCAAUGGCGACCCCAAGAAGAAAAGCCUCGUCACCACACUCAUGGAAACCGCAUUGCGCUCCUCCUCUUUCAAAGAAGACUCGUACUUCAUCUCUCAGCUCAGAGACUCUGAAAAAAAAGCUCUCUCUGAGCUCAAGCAAAAGCUCCAUCUCUCUAUCCAAUCCAACCAGUUCUCUCCUGACUCAGAUAAAGAGACCGAAAUCUCAAUGUGGGGUGUUCCCAUUCUCGGUGGAGACGAUCGAUCUGAUGUCAUUCUCUUGAAAUUUCUCCGAGCUAGAGAUUUCAGAGUCUCCGAUGCUCUAACAAUGUUGCAGAAGUGUUAUCAAUGGAGGAAAGAAUUUGGGGCUGACUCCAUUGUUGAAGAGGACUUGGGUUUUAAAGAGCUCGAAGGUGUUGUGGCCUAUAUGCACUCUUAUGACAGAGAUGGUCACCCUGUGUGUUAUAAUGCAUAUGGGGUUUUUAGAGACAAGGAUUUGUACCAGAAGGUCUUUGGAGAUGAUGAGAAGCUGAAGAAGUUUUUGAGGUGGAGGGUUCAGGUGCUUGAGAGGGGUGUGAAUUUGCUGCAAUUUAAGCCUGGGGGUGUGAAUUCCAUUAUUCAGAUCACAGAUCUAAAAAACAUGCCAAAGAGGGAGCUGAGGGUGGCAUCUAACCAUAUUCUCUCUCUUUUUCAGGAUAAUUAUCCAGAAAUGGUGGCUAGAAAGAUCUUCAUUAAUGUCCCAUGGUAUUUCAGCAUGUUGUACUCAAUGUUCAGCCCCUUUCUUACCCAACGAACCAAGAGCAAGUUUGUUAUAGCCAGAGAAGGAAAUGUUGCAGAGGCCCUCUACAAGUUUAUUAGGCCAGAAAAUGUACCUAUUCAGUAUGGAGGUCUGAGCAGGCCUGAAGAUUUGCAGUCUGGCCCUGCCAAACCUGCAUCAGAAUUUACAGUUAAGGCAGGGGAAAAGGUUAACCUGGAGAUUGAAGGCAUAGAGGGUGGAUCCACUAUAGUUUGGGAGAUAGUGGUGGGGGGAUGGGACUUGAAUUACAGUGCUGAAUAUGUUCCUAGCUCUGAGGGGAGUUACACUGUAGCCAUUGAAAAGCCAAGGAAAAUGGUUUCAUCUGAUGAACCAAUUCAGAACUCUUACACUGCAACUGAUCCUGGAAAGAUGGUUCUUUCGAUCGAUAAUUCGGCCUCCAAGAGAAGGAAGGUUGCAGCCUAUCGAUACAUGGUGCGAAAAUCGGCUACUGUUUGAGCUUGAAGAUGAAGAGCUUUAGAGAGAGAGAGAGAGUGAGAGAGAGAUAAGCUAUGUUUAUCUUUUUGAUAAUUAACUAAGAUGUGUCUCUGUUUUGUUUUUUUUUUUUUUGCAUUUUGUACUUGCAGUCAUAUCUAUAUGUAAUAUGUAUACGGUGUAUGAGAACUUAAGGUUUUAUUGGAGCCUAGUUUUUUUGAUA